UACAGCGUAGCUUAGUCACACUUUGAGUGUGAACUUUUUGAUGAGAAUCAGAAUACAUAAACGUAAUCGUGGAUAGUGUGAAACGUUCUCAUCGAAUACAGAAGCCAAUGGUGCAUGAAACGCUCCUCAAUUUCCCAAACCUGGAAGCGACGAAUUACUGAAAUUCAAGAAGAAAAAGAGUGUCUGAAACUGUGUUGGAAUAUGGGCAUAAGCUGCAGACAAGGGCACUUGCUACGACCCACUUUUCACAUCAGAGAAUCAACCACAGCGUUUGCGAUUACGCCUGCACUAAGCCUCUCACUACCGCCGUCAAAUUCAAAAGUCAGGAAGGUUGUUAAAAUGUCUGCAACUGAAGUCACGAGCCCUCAGAUAUCAUUUGAGUCCUUUGCCAUAAAGCCCCCUGAGCACCCAACUUACGAUUUGAAGGGCAUUAUCAAGUUAGCGCUUGCAGAAGAUGCUGGGGAUCGAGGUGAUGUAACAUGCAUGGCUACCAUUCCAUUGGACAUGGAAGUGGAAGCUUAUUUUUUGGCAAAGGAGGAUGGCAUCAUUGCUGGAAUAGCACUUGCAGAGAUGAUAUUUCAUGAGGUUGAUCCUUCUUUGAAGGUGGAGUGGUGUAAAAAUGAUGGAGAUUUUGUCCAUAAAGGGCUACAGUUUGGAAAAGUUCAUGGACGGGCACAUAACAUUGUUGUAGCUGAAAGAGUAGUGCUAAACUUUAUGCAGAGGAUGAGUGGCAUUGCCACUUUAACAAAGGCAAUGGCAAAUGCAGCAUACCCUGCUUAUAUGUUGGAGACUCGAAAAACUGCUCCAGGUUUACGCUUGGUGGAUAAGUGGGCGGUAUUAAUUGGUGGAGGUCGGAAUCAUAGGAUGGGUUUGUUUGAUAUGGUGAUGAUAAAAGAUAAUCAUAUAUCAGCAGCUGGAGGUGUUAUGGAUGCCCUUAAAGCUGUUGACCUGUAUCUGGAGCAAAAUAAUCUCCAAAUGGAGGUUGAGGUUGAGACCAGGACUCUUGAGGAAGUCAAAGAAGUGUUGCAUUAUUCAUCCCAAACAAAGACUUCUUUGACUAGAAUAAUGCUGGAUAAUAUGGUUGUACCUCUACCAAAUGGAGAUGUGGACAUAUCUAUGCUAAAAGAAGCUGUGCAAUUGGUUAACGGGAGAUAUGAGACCGAGGCAUCAGGCAAUGUCACACUAGAUACUGUACAUAAAAUCGGGCAAAGUGGAGUGACCUACAUUUCUAGUGGUUCGUUGACUCAUUCUGUGAAAGCACUAGACAUCUCCCUCAAAAUUGAUACCGAAUUGGCACUCAGAGUUGGAAGACGCACCGGACGAGCUUGAUUUUCCUUCUUAAGAUAUUAUCUAUCUAGAGUCCUCACUCUGCUGCAUGCAUAUCUUGUAUCAGCUAUUUUCUUUCGGUUCUGUGUGACCUUCUUGAAGUAACGAAUAGCUACUCAAAUGAAAUAUGCAAGCAGUUACUGAAACACUUCAUCUCUGAUUAAUAAGAAUUCUUGUGUUCUCUGUUAUCCGAAACA